AGCAGGGGCAGCUCCCAACCCCCGUCCCGGACCCACAAAACACCUCGACCCCUGGCCCACCCCGGCCGUCACCGAGAACGGUCCCCUAGGGUGCCUAGGGACUUCCGGAGCCCGACCGGAUCCGGAAGCUUCUGGGAGCGAGGGGGUGGGGCCGAAAAUCAAAAAAAGCGCGGCGAAAGCUAAGGCCGGCGCACGCUGGGCGGUGGUGGUCCCUAAGCCGGGCCGCGGCCGGUGCGAUGGACUCCACUGCCUGCUUGAAGUCCUUGCUCCUGACUGUCAGUCAGUACAAAGCCGUGAAGUCAGAGGCGAACGCCACUCAGCUUUUGCGGCACUUGGAGCUCACCUAUUGUCUUUGGGAAGAAGCAGAAGGAAUAAUUCCAUAGCUACCCUCUGGGCUUCAUUUUUCAUUCUCCUCCCUCAAAGUAAUUUCUGGACAGAAACUCACACGAUUAUUUACAUCAAAUCAGAUAUUAACAAGUGAAUGCUUGAGUUGCCUUGUAGAGCUACUUGAAGACCCCAACAUAAGUGCUUCACUGAUCUUAAGUAUUAUCAGUUUGCUGUCUCAACUAGCAGUAGACAUUGAAACCAGAGAUUGUCUUCAGAAUACAUAUAAUCUGAAUAGUGUGCUGGCGGGAGUGGUUUGUCGGAGCAGCCACACUGAUUCGGUGUUUUUGCAGUGCAUUCAACUUCUACAGAAGUUAACAUAUAAUGUCAAAAUUUUCUAUUCUGGUGCCAAUAUAGAUGAAUUAAUUACGUUCCUGAUAGAUCACAUUCAAUCUUCUGAAGAUGAGUUAAAAAUGCCUUGUCUAGGAUUAUUGGCAAAUCUUUGUCGGCACAAUCUUUCUGUUCAAACACACAUAAAGACAUUGAGUAAUGUGAAAUCUUUUUAUCGAACUCUUAUCACCUUGUUGGCCCAUAGUAGUUUAACUGUGGUUGUGUUUGCACUUUCAAUAUUAUCCAGUUUGACAUUAAAUGAAGAGGUGGGGGAAAAGCUAUUCCAUGCUCGAAACAUUCAUCAGACUUUUCAACUAAUAUUUAAUAUUCUCAUAAACGGUGAUGGCACUCUAACUAGAAAGUAUUCAGUUGACCUACUGAUGGAUCUCCUUAAGAAUCCUAAAAUUGCUGAUUAUCUCACCAGAUAUGAGCACUUUUCUUCAUGUCUUCACCAAGUAUUAGGUCUUCUUAAUGGAAAAGAUCCUGAUUCCUCUUCAAAGGUUUUAGAAUUACUUCUUGCCUUCUGUUCAGUGACUCAGCUGCGCCAUAUGCUCACUCAGAUGAUGUUUGAACAGUCUCCACCUGGCAGCGCCACUCUGGGAAGCCAUACUAAAUGUUUAGAACCUACUGUGGCUCUACUGCGCUGGUUAAGCCAACCUUUGGACGGAUCAGAAAACUGUUCUGUUUUAGCAUUGGAGUUGUUCAAGGAAAUAUUUGAGGAUGUCAUAGAUGCUGCUAACUGUUCCUCGGCUGAUCGUUUUGUGACCCUUCUGCUACCUACAAUCCUUGAUCAACUUCAGUUCACAGAACAAAAUCUAGAUGAGGCUUUAAUAAGAAAAAAAUGUGAAAGGAUUGCCAAGGCCAUUGAAGUUUUGUUAACUCUCUGUGGAGAUGAUACACUAAAAAUGCAUAUUGCAAAAAUCUUGACAACUGUCAAGUGUACCACUCUUAUAGAACAACAAUUUACAUAUGGCAAGAUUGACCUGGGAUUUGGAACAAAGGUUGCAGAUUCUGAAUUAUGCAAACUUGCUGCUGAUGUAAUUUUGAAAACUCUUGAUUUGAUUAACAAACUUAAACCAUUGGUUCCUGGUAUGGAAGUAAGCUUCUACAAAAUACUUCAGGACCCACGUUUGAUUACUCCUUUGGCUUUUGCUUUAACGUCAGAUAAUAGAGAACAAGUACAGUCUGGACUGAGAAUAUUAUUGGAGGCUGCUCCACUGCCAGAUUUUCCUGCUUUAGCACUUGGAGAAAGUAUAGCAGCAAACAAUGCCUAUAGACAACAGGAAACAGAACAUAUACCCAGAAAAAUGCCCUGGCAAUCAUCAAAUCACAGUUUUCCAACAUCAAUAAAGUGUUUAACUCCUCCUCAUUUGAAAGAUGGUGUUCCUGGAUUGAAUAUUGAAGAAUUAAUAGAGAAACUUCAGUCUGGAAUGGUGGUAAAGGAUCAGAUUUGUGAUGUGAGAAUAUCUGACAUAAUGGAUGUAUAUGAAAUGAAACUAUCCACAUUAGCUUCCAAAGAAAGCAGGCUACAAGAUCUUUUGGAAACAAAAGCUCUAGCCCUUGCACAGGCUGAUAGACUGAUUGCUCAGCAUCGCUGUCAAAGAACUCAAGCUGAAACAGAGGCACGGACACUUGCUAGUAUGUUGAGAGAAGUUGAGAGAAAAAAUGAAGAGCUUAGUGUGUUGCUGAAGGCGCAGCAAGUUGAAUCAGAAAGAGCGCAGAGUGAUAUUGAGCAUCUCUUUCAACAUAAUAGGAAGUUAGAGUCUGUGGCUGAAGAACAUGAAAUACUGACAAAAUCCUACAUGGAACUUCUUCAGAGAAAUGAAAGUACUGAAAAGAAGAAUAAAGAUUUACAGAUCACAUGUGAUUCUCUGAAUAAACAAAUUGAGACAGUGAAAAAGUUGAAUGAGUCACUCAAGGAACAAAAUGAAAAAAGUAUUGCCCAAUUAAUAGAGAAAGAAGAACAGAGAAAAGAAGUACAGAAUCACCUAGUAGACAGAGAACAUAAGCUAGCAAAUUUGCAUCAAAAAACAAAAGUACAAGAAGAAAAGAUUAAAACCUUACAAAAGGAAAGAGAAGAUAAGGAAGAAACCAUUGAUAUCCUUAGAAAAGAAUUAAGCAGAACAGAACAGAUAAGAAAAGAGUUGAGCAUUAAGGCUUCCUCCCUAGAGGUUCAAAAGGCACAAUUAGAAGGUCGUUUGGAAGAGAAAGAGUCCUUGGUGAAACUUCAGCAAGAGGAAUUGAACAAACACUCCCACAUGAUAGCAAUGAUCCACAGUUUAAGUGGUGGAAAAAUAAAUCCAGAAACUGUGAAUCUCAGUAUAUAGACAUUAUGGCAUUUUGGAAUUUGUAAUCUCAUGAUAUUUUUGAUGUAUUUAUCUAUUGGAGGGGGGGUGGGUAGGGGAGUUAAUUUGUGACUUCGUAACAAUAAGAAGUUAUUAUCUAAUUUAGUAAAGACCCUGAUCUGAUGCAUGUUUUUUAUUUGAUAGUUUGAAUAGAAAUUUAAUUUUCUAAGUUUUACUUUUUGUUUCUGGCUUUUAUUGCUUAAGGCUUUCUUUGGUUCUUACAUUAGAAAAUCAUUUUUAACCUCCAUUAUCAUUUUUCUAAGGUUCUUUCCUUUUUCUUAGUUGCUUUCUAUUCUGUUUUGCCUGUCUUAUUUAUUCUCAUUCGUGAUUAUUUAGAUCUUAAGACCAAACUUUCUUGGUAUAACAGUCCUAAAGAUUACAAAAUAAAAAUAUAGAGAGAGUAAAAGUAAAAAGUAAAGUAAAAAGAGAGAAGGUAUGAUUUUACUGCUAGAGAAGUUUGUCUCUGAAGAAGCACAAAAGAAAAUAUUAGUGAAUUUAAAAUAAUUUUUAUACUGCUGUAGCAUAAUUUCUAAAUUUGAAAAAAUGCAAUGGUAAUAAAAUGUAUAAAAAUUAGAAAACUGUUAUUGUGUUAAACUAUUACAUUUAAAUGAUUACAUUUAACACAAUAGCUGUCUCAUAAAAAAUCUAAGAACUUGUAGAAUUAUUUGUAAGGUAUAUUUAGUGUUUUUUUCUCUUUUUUCAAAUGUUGCAUAGUGGUCCAGAUCAUCUAUAAUUAAUUGUAAGUUUCUUAUGAUUUACGUAAGGAUAAUUUGGAUUCUACUCUUGCUGCAUAUUCAGAAAAAUAUUAUUUACUGUUAAUUCUGAUAUGAAUUGUAUUUAAUGUGUUGUCCUAAUAGUUUUUAAUUGGUUCAUUUAAUUUUAAAGCAUAGGUUAAAUAUCUUUAUGGUUUUUUAAAAUACAAGGGUCCUUCUGUACUUUUCAUUUGAAUCAUAUCCUCUAACUACUCUGUAAGAAACGUUUUUACAUCAAUAUUUUGAUUGAUUUUAUUGCUAUACCAAUACAGUCAUUAAUUUUACUUGGUGUUUUCUUCACCAUAUGUCUCUUUGAUUUAAGUGAAUUUAGAUUUGUACAGUUCUGGAAAUUUUUUUAAAAAUAUUAUGCAGAGUAAAACAUUUUAAAUUACUAUUUAUUCUAUAGAGGAGAUACAUUCUGUUUCUCUUUUGAAAUUGCAUGCAUUUUCAACCAAAUAUGAAAAAGUUUAAGUGGAUAGAUAAGACUGAAGAAUAAAAGGGUCUAUAAAAUAAAAGAGACAAAAUGUUAAAGAAAGAAAUGAAUGAAUGAACCAAAAACUCUAGGGAAAAUCAAUUUAUCUUUCCAAUUUAGACAUCUUGAGACAGCCUAGCCUAGUGCUACCCUAUACAGUUUUCUGUGAUAAUGACAGUGUUCUAUGAUGUCCAGUCCCAUAGCCAGUGGCUAAAAGUGGCCAUUGAGCACUUGAAAUUUGGCCUUUGCAACUGAAAAAACUAAAUUUUUGAUUUUAUUAAAUUUAAUUUUGAUAACCAUCCUAUUAGAUAAUGCAGAUCUAUCCCAUUCUCACAAGUAUGUGUUUAAAGAACUCAAUUUGCCUUUUCUUAAAUAUCUAUAUAAAUAAUUACCCCAUUAUAUAUAUGUAGUAGCCCUUUCUUAAUGUAAUUUUAACCUGUUUAUUUCUAAUCUUCUCUCCCUAAAGAGGAAAGUCCGUACUGCAGCAUUGAAGAAGGUGAGUACUAAUCAUCAUCCUUCAUCUCUUUCUGUCUCUUGUAACACCUUUCAUAUUGUUUCUGUUGUUUUUCUGAGUGCCUUUACUAUAUCAGUUACUUUUUUUUUCUUGUUGGACUGUGUACCUCAUUAAAAAAGCAAAAGUGUGUGUAAAUAUUUUUUUUCUAAAAAAAAAAUUUAAUCAAAUUUGAACCACCACCGUAGUCAGGGUUUUGUAUGUGUGUAUGCAUGUCCAUUUCCUAAUGGAAAAAACAAACUUAGGAAGUGCAUCAUUAUAUUAGGAUUACUCGCAUCCUCUUUAAAUUUUGCUGGGGAGAGUUUGUCUCCAAAGUAUACAUUAACACAGUUCCUUUACUAUUUACACUUGCCACUUGAACAAAUAGACACAUCUCAUAAAAUUUGGUUGGUUAAAGUUUAUAUUAAAUUGUUCAUUAAUUUAAUGUCAGGAAAAAAAGAAUGAAACUGUAUGCUGUGUCUUAGGAAAUUAUCAGGUCAGUGUUCAUUUGGGUCUAUUUACUUAUAUAUUAUAAGGACUAGUUACUUAAGAAUAAAAAGAGAUUCUGUCAUGAGUUAGCACUGUCAGUUAAAUGAAAAUAUGUUUGAAUUUCUACUUCUACCUUCGGUCAUUCAUUCAUAUGUUACAGGUACUUACCAAGUUAUAUUUCCUAAAACUCAAAGUCUUACUGUAAUUUGAUUCUUUUCCUCCCUUCGAAUAGUUAUGAACUAUAUUUACAACUUUGCUUUUGGCAUAUAUACCAUCGUACCAGCCAUGUGUCCUGUUUGUGACUUAAUCCUUUGCAAGAUUUAGCAAACAUUUUCUGUAAAGGGGCAGAUAGUAAAUAUUUUAGGCUUUCUGGAACAUAGUUUCUGUCACAACAACUCAACCCUGCUAUUGCAGCACAGAAGCAGCCAUAGACAAUACAUAAAUGAUUAGUCAUGGCUGUGUUCCAUUCAAACUUUAGUAACAAAACUAGUCAAAACUUUGCUAUUAGAUGUUACAUUUACUUAUUAAGAAAUGUCUUUUUAUGUUUGGUAAUCUUUAUCUUGAGGUCUAUUUUAUUUGAUAAUAACAUAGCCACUUAGUCCUUAUUAUGUUUUCUGUUGGCCUGAUAUAUCUUUUUCUAUCAGUUUACUUUUAACCUGUUAUGUUUAUAUGUAAAAUUCAUGACUUGUAAACAAAUAGAAUUGGGUCUUGCUUUUUUAUCAAUUUUGACAAAAUAAGUCCUUUAACAAUCCACUUAGAGUUAAUAUUGUACCACUUAACAUAAAAUAUAGAAACCUUGCAACUAUAUAGGUCCAUCUGUCCUCUUCUCAUCCUUCAUGCUAUAGUUGACAUGUGCAUUACCUCUGCUUAUGUAGCUAACCUUCAGAACCAUGUGAUAAUUUUUGCUUUAAGCAAUUACAUGGAAAGACUCUGGCUGUCAACAUCAGUAUGUUCACCUCUUUGCAUGCAUCAAUACAAAGUAGUUUCUUCAGUGUAA